GUCGCCGCCGCCGCCGCCGCCGGCGACCAGGAGGCAGGACGCCCUACCACAUAGCUACCGGCUACUGCGAGGUCAGCGCGCCAUUCCUCCAGCUCGUUAA